CUUAGGUCUCUUAAUAAAAUUGGAAACGAGAAACAAGAAAUGGAAAAGAAUCAAACUUAUGUGCUUAAAUUGAAAGAAUCAAAUACUGAUUAAAUUAAGGGUUUUUCUAACUUCUAGAUGCUUAUCCCUGCUUAUGCUCUUGUAUUCUUUCAUUUGCUCUCAAUGAAAGUUGUCUUUUUUAUAAUAAUAAUAAUAACAACAACCUUCUACAUGCUUAUUAACAAACUAUUCGGGUAAGUCAAACCUCUAUCUAAAAGAAUCCAAAACCCUCUAGAACUCGAUAAAUACAGAAUGUAUAUAUAUAUAACAAAAGUCUACAGCAGAAAGUUUCUUCCUAACCAGCCUGUCUUAGCUCCAUGUAAAUGCAAGAAGUUUGCAUUAUUUAAGCUUCCUACAAUACCUACUUGUUCCUCAUAACAACCAAAAGCUUAUAAUAUUUCUAAGCAUGUCAACUCAAACCCUUUCACCAAUUAUUAUGAAUCAGCUUAGCCAUUUUUCAAAUCACUGUGUUCUUGUUUCAAUUAUCACAAUCAUUGUUACUUUUCCAAGUGACAGGAAUCAACCCACUAAUGAUUAAAAUAAAAAAGAUAAUAGUAAAGAAGAAAAGAAGUUUGGUGGUUAUUAUGACCAUCUGCAUCUUUCUUUUCAAGCAAUAUAAUUCUCCAUCAAUAGAAUAUAGGCUAAGUCUAGGUAGACAGACAAACCAGUAGGCAACAACAAAAUGUCUGAAUCCAAAUCCAAGGCAGCCUCAGUGGAGCUCCCUAUUAUAGACAUUUCUCAGCCAUUGUCUCCCUCUUCUCUUUCUUCACUUGCUGAUGCCUGCAGAAAAUGGGGUUUUUUCCAUAUCAAAAACCAUGGAAUCUCAAAAGAUGUCUACUCUAAACUCCAUUCAUUCUCUAAGGACAUUUUCAGCCUCCCUUCUGAAACAAAACUCAAAAUUGGCCCUCUUUCUCCUUUGAACGCUUACACUCCACAUUUCAUAGCCUCCCCAUUCUUUGAAAGCCUAAGAGUCUCUGGCCCAAACUUCUUAGACUCUGCUCAGAAUUCAGCAGAUUUCCUCUUCAACCAAAAGAGCCCUAACCAGUUCAGUGAGAUACUGCAAGAAUAUGGAGACAAAAUGACAGAGCUAUCAAAGAAGAUUGUGCAGAACAUACUGAUGAGCCUAGGGGAAGGUUUUGAGAAGACGUACCAUGAAGCCCAUUUCAGGAAUUGCCAUGGAUAUCUCAGAAUGAACAAUUAUAGCCCUCCAGAAAUCAUGGAAGACGAUGAAGAAACAGAGGGGCUGGGAAUGCACACGGAUAUGAGCUGCGUGACCAUUGUGUACCAAGAUCAAACAGGCGGUCUGCAAGUGAAAUCGAGCGAAGGGAAAUGGGUGGACAUAUGCCCAUUUGGGGGAUCCGAAUCCGAAGCUCUGGUGGUGAACAUUGGGGACCUGCUCCAAGCUUGGAGCAACGACCGGCUGAUAUCGUCGGAGCACAGAGUGGUUCUGAGGCGGCCGGCGAUGAAUCGGUUCUCGAUUGCGUUCUUUUGGGGGUUUGAGGACGAGAAGGUCGUGUCGGCGCCGGAGGGGGUGGUCGGCGACGGCGGUGAGAGGAAGUAUAGGCCUUUUGUCUGCUCGGAUUAUUUGAAAUUCAGAGAGAACGACGAAAGAGGGAAAUUUGAGAAGGUGGGUUUCACUGUGAGAGAUUAUGCUGGAAUUAAGAUUAAGAAAAUUUUUGAAGAGAAAUAAUUACAUUUUGAU